AUGGCCGACCCAGAUAAACUCACCCCCACUCCCGUCACCACGAAGCGCCGACGCAUAGUCCAACCCCGCAACCACCUCUCCACCCCGCGCUACAGCUCCCCCGACGAGCUCACCGGCGACAUCUACCCCAGCUCCAUCCCCCGCCCAAACGCGACCGAGCCCGGUUCCGCACCGAGAAGCACGACACGACGGAUAUCCCUUCGCAAAGGCAGGCCACGCAGCAGAUCGCCUAGUCGGAGUCCGAGCCUGGAUGAGCUCAACGAUACGUAUUACCAGCCAACCGCAGCGGUCAGCUUCGCGAUCGAGAUCGGGGAGCCAGUCGAGCGAUGGGUCGUCGAGAAGGCGGAGAACAUCUUCGCCUCCAAGGCGGAUAUUAUCGAGGUCGCCGUCGAGAUCGAGAUCGGAAUCAGCAUCGAGGUCGAGGUCCAGAUCAAGGUCGAGAUCACAGUCCGGAGUCCAUCACCCGCGAAACCUUCGCCGUACCAACCCGUGCGCACUUCAUUCCGACCCAAGCUCACCCUACGCGGACACACCGGCCCAAUCUCGCAGGUCCGUAUAUCUCCCGACGCGCGGUGGAUAGCUAGCGCUUCCGCCGAUGGUUCGAUCCGCAUCUGGGACGCGGCGUCAGGAGCCCACAUGGACACCCUCGUCGGGCAUCUCGCUGGAGUCAGCUGCGUCGCAUGGAGUCCGGACAGCAACACGCUCGCUACGGGCUCAGACGACAAGUCGAUCCGCUUCUGGGAUAGAGUCACGGGAAGGCCAAAGAAGAGCGCCAAGAGUGUUGCUGGGACGAAGCAUGCCCUGGCUCCCAUGAAACCGCUCCUGGGCCACCAUAACUACAUCCACUGCCUUGCCUUUUCUCCCAAGGGCAAUAUCCUGGCAUCUGGAUCUUAUGAUGAGGCUGUGUUCCUCUGGGAUGUCCGCGCGGGAAGGUUAAUGCGUAGCUUGCCCGCACAUAGCGACCCCGUCACCGGCAUCGACUUCUCCCUAGAUGGCACCUUGGUCGUCAGCUGCUCCACCGAUGGCCUAAUUCGAGUCUGGGAUACCUCCACAGGUCAGUGCCUCCGCACCCUCGUCCACGAAGACAACCCCGGCGUCGCAAACGUCUGCUUCUCCCCCAAUGGCCGCUUCGUCCUCGCCUUUACGCUCGACAACUGCAUCCGCCUCUGGGACUACGUCGCCGGCUCCGUGAAGAAAACCUAUCAGGGCCACCGCAACGAGAAAUUCGCCAUUGGAGGCUCCUUCGGCGUCCAUCGCCGCGGCGCACCUCACUCUCACUCUCCUCCCCGCUCCUCUUCUUCUUCUCCUUCCCGGUCUGCCUCUACGCCCCAAAGGGGAUACGGAGAGGACGCGUUUAUUGCUUCGGCGAGCGAAGACGGGUCUAUCGUCCUCUGGGACGUCAAGAGCAGGGAGGUCGUCCAGAUUGUACGUGGCCACGAGGGUGUGUGUUUCUGGGUGGACGUUGCUCCCGGCCUGAUGGUGAGUGCGGGCCAGGACUGCCUUGUUCGAGUAUACAGGGACGCCUCAGUGCUCGUGAAUGGGUCAUUGACGAAAAUGACGGCUGCCGUCAAGGCAGAGGAAGAUGGCAUGGUCGGGAAAGAUGAGGGACCAGAGGCGAACGGGGAUAUGAUGGAGGGUGUUGAGAUGGAAAAUGAUGUGAGGAUCAAGGAGGAGGAUGGAGAUGAGGAUGUCCACAUUGAGGGCACUUAG